UUAAGGGCUUGGAGUCCUCCAUUUUCAUCUUUUUUCUUGAAACAUCCCAGUCUUUCAGUUGCAGGUUUUAUCGAAAAAGUUGUGAACUUUUUGAGUUGAAAAAGGGGGGUUUCAGGUUUGGAUUUUAGAUGAUGGAGGAUUUCUGUAUCUCUGGGGUUGUAAAGGAAGAUGAUCAGAUGGAUUUGCCACCUGGGUUUCGAUUUCAUCCUACUGAUGAAGAAUUGAUCACCCAUUAUUUAUCGAAUAAAGUUGUUGACUGCAAGUUCUCAGCUCGAGCAAUCGGAGAAGUUGAUAUGAACAGGAUUGAGCCAUGGGAGCUGCCAAGGUUGGCGAAAAUGGGUGAAAAAGAAUGGUAUUUCUUCUGUGUUAGGGAUAAGAAAUAUCCCACCGGAAUGAGGACGAACAGAGCAACUGCCGGUGGGUAUUGGAAAGCUACCGGAAAAGAUAAGGAGAUUUUCCGGCGAAAGUUGCUGGUCGGAAUGAAGAAAACCUUGGUUUUCUACAAGGGAAGAGCUCCAAAAGGGGAAAAAACGAACUGGGUUGUUCAUGAAUAUAGAUUAGAAGGUAAAUCCGGCCAAAAACUAUCGAGAUCAACAAAGAAUGAGUGGGUGAUUUGUCGUGUGUUUCACAAGAACUCCGGCGGAAAUAAAGUCCAAAUUUCAGGGUUGACGAGGAUGAAUUCCGGUGGCAAUGAACUGCUUCCGGCUUCUUUGCCACCAUUGAUGGACUCUCCGGUGGCGGCAUCCGGCGGCAAGAUAUCAAAACCGACCUUAUCGGAACCACUUCAUGUGCCCUGCUUCUCCAAUCCGAUCGAUAUCCAAAAGAAAUCCAUGAUCAACGGGUAUCUCAAGACUGCUGAUUUCACUUUCGCUUCAAACUUGGACCACUGGAGGAUCAGAAACCUGUGUUCCACCGGCGAAUCUGUUCAUCAAAUCAAAACCAACUUCCAGUUCCCACAAAGCUCGACAUUUCCGGCCAACGAUCAAGCACUAAUGAGAGGCUUGAUAGAGAAUUACGGUCAAAACAUGAAACUGGAACGAGAUAUGGUUACAGGUUCGCAAGAUACAGGGCUGAGCACCGAGAUGAACACCGAAAUCUCAUCAGUCAUGUCGAAUCUUGAAAUGGGUACGAGGAGAUUUGAAGAACAAGAAACCCCAUUAACAUCAAUCGGAGCAAUUGAUAUGGAUUGCUUUUGGAAUUACUGAAAUUCAUCUGAUAAUUAAUUACAAGAAUUACCAAAAGAAGACGAAGAUGAUGACAGAAACUCAUGAUCUUCUUGAAAAAGAUUGAUUACGCCAAGAAUUUUCUGAUGCUUGAGUAGAAUAAAGGCUUUAUAUUUCAGAUUAAUUAAUAGAUGGCUUAAUUAUAUAUCAGUAUGUGGUCUGUAUGAUAUUAUUCAAAUGUAAUGACAUAUGAGAGAUUGAGUUGGUGGCUUAACUCAACUUUCUGUUGUAUUUUUGAACUUUUAUUAUUGGAAUGCAGUGAGCGCUUACCAAGUCACAUUACUUUACCGGAUGAAUAUGGUAAGAACUAAAAAUCUUACUCGGUAAGUGAGAACGAGGGUUCUUAUCAU